GUCUUCGUUUACGACGUCACGAAGAUGACCUCCUUCACCAACCUCAAGAUGUGGAUCGAGGAGUGCAACGGGCACGCGGUGCCCCCCCUCGUGCCCAGGGUGCUCGUUGGCAACAAGUGUGACUUGAAAGACCUGAUCCAAGUGCCAUCCAGCAUGGCCCUCAAGUUCGCCGACGCUCACAACAUGCUUUUGUUUGAGACCUCGGCCAAGGACCCUCAGGAGAGCCAGAACGUGGACGCCAUUUUCAUGUGCCUGGCGUGCCGGCUGAAGGCGCAGCGCGCGCUGCUCUGCCGGGACCUGGAGGGGCGGCCGGGCCCG